AUGGCGAUUUCGACAGUAUCAGGCGCCUUGCUACCAAUACAACUCAGCUUAAACCCAGUACGGCGCCGUUCUUCUUUACUGAUGUCUUCUCAGCUCAUGCCUUCUAAUGGCCGUCUUUUCGCCCACAAAGUCUGCGCUUCAUCAGCUGCCGCCGUCGAAACCAAGCCAGAUGUAAUCGAAGAGACUAAGUUGGACGUUCGCAGAAGCAUUUUAGCCUGUCCAAUUUGCUAUCAGCCGCUAAUUUGUAACGGUGAUUUCAAUUUUUUUUCGGAAAAUAUAGCUCGGUCUACUUUGCAGUGCAGCGUGUGCAGAAAGUCGUACUCCGGCAAGGAUUCAUAUCUUGACCUGACCAUAACUGGUGGAGGCAAGUUGUAUGGGGAGCCUAAGCCAGCCUCCACAGAGCUUUUCAGGUUUCCUUUGGUAUCAUUUUUGUAUGAAAGAGGUUGGCGGCAAAGUUUCUCACUUGGAGGUGGUUUUCCAGGUCCAGAAAAGGAGUUUGAAAUGAUCAAGGAUUAUCUCAAACCAGUCUUAGGUGGUAAUAUUGUAGACGCAAGCUGUGGAAGUGGUAUGUUUUCGCGCCUUUUUGCAAAAAGUGGAUUGUUUUCGAAUGUCGUGGCUUUGGACUUCUCUGAGACAAUGCUUAAGCAAUGUUACGACUUUGUUAAGGAGGAGAACAACUUUCCUGAAGAGAACUUAAUUUUGGUUAGAGCUGAUAUAUCACGGCUGCCUUUUGCAACAAGUAGCGUAGAUGCUGUGCAUGCCGGUGCUGCUUUGCACUGUUGGCCUUCGCCAUCUGCAGCUGUUGCAGAAAUAAGCCGAGUUUUGAAACCUGGAGGGAUGUUUGUUGGCACAACGUACAUAGUAGACGGCCCCCUUUCAUAUAUUCCGCUACGUGCCCCUUUGCGUCAGAUUGUUGCACAACUGUCAGGCAGUCAUGUAUUUUUAAGCGAGAUAGAACUCGAGGAUCUGUGUACGUCUAGCGGACUUGUGAACUUCACUUGCAUCAGAAAUAGACUCUUUGUGAUGAUCUCAGCCAUGAAACCUGUACCGUCGCAAGACCAUCUCCAUGUCGACCGCGACCGCGACGCCGGACAUGAGGAGCUCUCCGACGACAUCCCUGUUGGUCGCCACGUUAAGGGGCGUCGUGCGGCAGCUCGUGUUGGGCUCGCUGAUGAGCUCGACGUCGAACAUAUGGAGCUCUCCAACAACGCCGAACAUGUGGAGCUCUCCAACGACGUCGAUGUGGUUCCUGCCGACAACAAAGUGCAGCAAUAG